CCAAAAACUAAGACAGUAUCAUUUGUAAAUUCCAAAACAAAACAAGAUGAGUCGCUCUGGAGCAGAAAUCCAUCGCAGGUUUGAAUUUUAAUAUUUAUGUUCCACCCAAAGGACUAGCUUCUAAAACAAUUUAACCCAAUAAUUAUAUAAUGGAGAAGACCAUGUAUUCUCACUUCCUUAUUACUGACUCAAGAUCGUCAAUUUUGAUAAAAGAAAUAGUCAUGAAAAUGAAAACAAGCCUCAACUCGACAACUCAUUCUCAUUCAAUCACUCAUUCUCAUUCAUAUUUAUUCUUUUAAAUACUACUACAACUCAUAGUAAAAAUACACAAAUACUAUUAUUAAUAUUACUAUUAGGCCUAAUUUAAGUAGCCUAUUUUAAGUCCUACUUGAAAAGCCGCUUAUCUGUCACAUAGACUUAGUCCGCUUAGAAGACUUAGACUUAGUCACUAGUUAGUUGUAGACUUAAUUUUAAUUUAAUGCUAGGCGCUAGGACUAUCGUCUAUCGGUCUAAUCUAGAUUUUUAGUGGACUGUAUGUCAUCACUCUAGACUACAAUGACAACAUACAGUCCACUAAACUGGUAGUCAUAGUCCACAGUGUAGAAAGGGAAUAGCUCAAAUAAUACUAACAUUCAACCUAAUUUUUUUUUAAAUGUCUCAAGGAGAGAAGGCCAGAAUUAUUGGGAUUUGGCUGGCAUUGAAAGAGACGGUUGUAGACAUUUUCUUGUUAAAUUUCCAGACCGACAUACAAUCACUUUACAGAAGCGAUAGAGAGAUAUAUUCUAACACUAAUAUGUUCACAUAAUUGUCUAGGGCAGAUGGGCAGCUUAUGCAAGCAUAAAUCAGAUCAAACAAAGAUACUACUAAUUCUCUGUUAUGGUGCAUAAACAAAACUUUGUUGAUCCAGAUGUCGUUGUCACUGAUAUCCAUAACCUAAAGUAGAAAAUAUCACAUGGAUGUGCACAAAGUGGAAACUGAAAAGACAGUUUGGCACCAGCUGUGCUCCUUUCACUUCUUAUUCCCUUCAUUGUUAACCUGGUGGGAAAACUAUGAUAAACUCAAUCUCUGUUUGCUUACAUAAAAUAUUCUUUUAAUACUGUAAAAUGUUUAAGUUUAAAAAUGCCUUGGUAAGAAUAUUUAUCUAUGUGCUGAAAUGACUAUGUUCAAUAUCAUUAAAAAUAUUUUCAUUUAUUUAAAUAAAUAAAAGAAAUUUAUCUUAUCAAUAAAAGAAUAACCGAUAAAAUAGCACUUCAAUCCAGAAAACAAGAUUUUUGAAUAGCAAACGCUGAAGUUUAAGAAUACCCAAGGCUAGGUCUAGAUCUUGGUGGGUAAAUUCAUACAUACCAACAUGGUAAAUUAAAACCUGUUGGCCUACACUAGUUCCCCCUAAAAUCUGCACACAAACAUGAAAACCUAAAGGCCUACCUUAAAAAUGAAAUGUAGAAAUAUUAAUCAUUUUCCAAUGUUAUUACUUUUUAUUUUUCAAUUAAUAAUUACUCUUAAUGGUCUUAUGCAUAGAUACAAUUAUUGCCCCUUUUACAAUGUCUGGAUUUGUUUGAAAUCCCAAACAACAAGUAACAUUGUUUAUUUUACACUGUAUUUGAUAUGACUAUUUCACCUUUAUUAUUUAUUUGUAAGUUUAAGACUAAAUAGCAGUAGAAUUUCCCUUCAUCGUCCCAAUGUAUUGUUUGUGCAACUUUGAUUUUAAAUACCGUUUGUUAAUAGUUUUUUAUCUUAAGAGCCUGAGGGGUCGUUUGCAAAUUACGUCAUGCAAAAAAUGACCUUUUCAGAUCACCCUCCCCCCGUCACAAAGUGUCAGAAAUUCUUCUUUACACCACUCCCCCCUCAGUGUCACGUCACACCUAAAAAAAUUCAAAACAUACAUACAUUUUAUAACUAAACUAACAUUUUAUAAUAUUCUUGAACAUUUUCCUGUAACGGAUUAAGAUGUAGUAUUAUUAUAUAACUGUGACGUAAAACAACAAAGUCCUCCCCGAGCCGAAUGUGAAAUGGCCACAACAGUUUUUGCAUCAUUUUCUAUAUGCGCAGAAUGCGUGACGGAGUUUCACGGUACUUAAUUAUACCUGAGGCAAUUUGAACCUUACAUUAAAGUUUUUAAAAUUAAUUGAAUAACGAUUUUUCAAAAUUAGAACAUUUUUGAUUAAAAAAAUAAUAAAUUGUGACAUCACAAAUUUUUUACCCCCUCCCCCCCAUCACAAAGUGUCACAAAUUGUCUCACAUCCCCCUCCCCUCUGAGCAUGAUAUAAUUUGCGAACGCCCCCUGAAACAAGCACUCAAAUGUCUUUUGCAAAAUGCAGGAUUAUUUUAGGAUGUUUGGUCACCCACUUACUUCGAAACUUCCUUAGAGAGCGUGUCUAAUUCCAACUUUAUGUUUUUGAAAUUAGGUUCUGUCAUUUUAUUGACAGCAUUGAGAUGAAACAAUACAAAUGUAAAUUAGAAUAAUAAACAAUUCUCACUCAUGUCAGCUCUAAAUAGUUUAGUUGUAGAAAGUGAUAACACGUUUUUUGACGUUUGUAAACUAAACCAUGGCAUAAUAAAUCUAUUAGGAUUAUUGUUUGGGAUAAAAUUAUAUUAAAAGAUAUAGAAAUUAAAUUAUAAUGGCCACUUUAGUUCUUGCUAAGAACUAAACUAACAGAUAUUUGAUUAUGGUUUACAACAAACUGAAAUAUUCUCAAAGUAUGGUAGUAGUACUUCACUGUCUAUUCCCAAAUAUGUAACUACUUAUCCCCGAAGGACAGCUCCCAGAUUCUAUUUAGACUUGACCUCAUAGACAGCUUACCAAUCCCAAAGGUCACUUAAUGGACUAACUUUGAAUUUCUUGUAAGAUAUAAACAAACGAAAAUGGCUGCCCUUUUGUAACAUGUGGAUUUUUCUCUUCUAAAUCUAUUCAAAACCUUACAAAACGGUGUUCAGCUGUACACGUCAGGAAACAUAAGCUGCAUCAUUUGGCAUGUUUUGGUAUAUUUGUUACAUCUCAGGUUCCCUACUUUUUUUUUUAACGCGACCCAAUUUUAAAAAAGCAAAGUGACCAGUUUAUAAAAAUUAAAACAUAAGAGAAAACAAAUUAGAAAAUUAGAUGCAGUGUUAUCAGCUUCUUCAAACUUUAUUAGAAUCCAAUAAAAACUGAAGAUUUCUUUAAAAUAAUUUAUUUUUUAGUUACUGUUUCAGUUGGCAAUCCCAGUGAAAAACCUCUGCAACCCCAUUUUGUUUCGCAACCCAUGGGUUGGGAACCAUGGGGUUAGUUAAUUUUAAAAUUGUAUUUUAAAAUUUUCUUAUUUAAGCUGGUUUGUUCUUUUAAGAUAAAAAAAACAGAUGGUUCUUUUUAUGCUUUAAGGGAGUUACUCUGUUAACUCUCUUUUAUGAGUUUUACUGUUGAAAUAAUUUUUUUUAAAAUUCACAGUAAAUUGAGUAGCAUUUUUUAUGUUUUAAUUUGCACUGAAGCACUAUCAUUUGUUUGGCAUCCAUCAAUAAAAUGAAAAAAAUAUUUUGCCAUCGACAGUGAAAAACAGUCUAAAGUAAUACAGGAUCGAAUCACACACAUAGAACAGCACCUUGGUCAAUUAUGUGAUAUUGCUUCUUCAUACACCCGCAAAACGGCAAGGCUACGAGACAAAGGUAAUUUGCUUGAUCUAUCCUGACAAUGUUAAAAAAGCUGUUCAUGAACUUUUGAGUUUAAAAUAAACAGAAGUUAUUGUAAAGCUUACCAAAAUAGUGAAAAUGUUCGCAGAAGCAUAGAAAAUUAGGGAACAGUAAAUAGAAGGGGGAAAAACGACUAUAUAAAAAUAAGAUACAAUAAAGAAGAAAAAUAUGAAGUUUUUAAUAGAACGUAAGUAUUUUUUUAGUAACAUAAAUGAGAUGUCUACAUUUAAAGUAAAUUUUUAAAAAUUAUUUAAUCCUAUCCUGUACAUUAUGACAUACUACUUUAUGAUUGACAUACACACACCUCACAGCUUUAUGAUUGACAUUCACACACCUCACAGCUUUAUGAUUGACAUACACACACCUCACAGCUUUAUGAUUGACAUACACACACCUCACAGCUUUAUGCUUGACAUACACACACCUCACAGCUUUAUGAUUGACAUACACACACCUCACAGCUUUAUGAUUGACAUACACACACCUCACAGUGGCCUUACACUUAUACACACCUCACAACAGCAUGCAUUUUCUUUUGAAAAAUUUCUAUGGAUAAGUCUUUCAGUUUGCCUUUUCAAUCUUUGUUAAUAAGACUUUCCGAAGAUUUUAGUCCAGCCUUCAACUUAACUAAGUUGUUCUUAGCAGUAAAGUAAUCAUCAUUAUUUAGUUUAGUCAGUUCAAUUUAUUCUUUUUUUUAUUUCAAAUGGCAUGCUGUAGGUGACAUGCUAGCCAAGGAGCUGAUGGAGUUUUCCGAGUAUGAGAAAUGGAAUCCAACGCUGAGCACUGGGAUGACCAAGUUUGCAGAGAGCUUAUCAGCUGUUCAGGACUACAGGGAGGCAGAGGUGAGCUAUUGGUGCUUUCUAGAAUGGUUAUUGCUAUUACUUAGUUUUUAUAAAAGUUUUUUUGACAUAUUUAUAAAUAGGUAUAGUUAUGAGAAGAAAAAAAUAUGUGAAUAUUUCAUUAAGAAAUUUAUUCUAAAUAGAUUUUAGUUUUUAAGAAGAGAAUUAUUCUAAGUAGAUUUUGUUAAAAGAGUUUGUUAUAAUUUUGAUUUUAGGUCAAAAGAUUGGAGGGAAAAAUCCUGUCCCCUUUAGUGAACUACGGCCUUCUGUGUAAGCAGACAAAGGUAUUGUGCAAAAAAUUUUGUACCUGUCACUUUACUUAGAAGUUGGUUAAGCUGCUGUUUAUCUUUUUAUUAAAUUAGCUAAAUAAAAUAUUUAUAUUUUAUUCAAAGAGGCAUGUUGAGAUAAAGAAUAUACAUAUAAAUUAAAGAUGAACAAACUUUUUUAAAAAAGUGUUCAAAAAAAAAUUACACAUUUUAAAAUUUUACCAUCAUAUGUGAACACUUUCAUUUUUAUUGUGUUUUUAUUGAUUCUUACUUGGUUUUAAUUCAAGUACCUUAGACAUGAUGUAGUUUUUAUUAUUAAAGAAUAUCUAUUUUUAAGUUAAACGUCUAGAUUUUCAUUUAGUGAUGUUAACGUCCACGCUGAAAUUUUAGAUAAGAAAAAGAUAUAGCUUCAUUAAUUAGUUAGUAGUUACAUGAUAAAUUUCAUUUUACUUUAUUUUGUUGUUUUUUUGUGGGAUCUUAUCUACUCAAUCCAUUACUUUAUUUUUACACUAUGAAUUGAAAACUUACUUCCUGUGAAUUUAUCUACUCAAUCCAUUACAUUAUGUUUUACAUUAUGAAUUUAAAAAAUUACUUCUUGUGAAUUUUUAAAUUUAAAAGUAAACAAAAAACUUUUCAGUUUUGAAGCUCAUUUUUUUUUUUUUUUUUUUUUUUUGGUAUUAAUUUUUUAAUUUUUAUUUAUUUUUUUUUUUUUUUUUUUUUUUUUUUUUUUUUUUUGGUAAUAAUCUAUUAAAUUGUAAUUAUUAUAUUUAUUUUCUACAACUUUCUGCAUUAAUUCCAUAAUUGUGAAUGGUAAAUACUACAUUCUAGUGUAUAAAUAAUUUUGGCCAUGCACAAUGAUGUCAACUGAACUUAAUUUAUAAUCCACAAUAGAUGAGCUCUAAGGGUUAUACAAAUUGUGGAGAUGAUUUUGAAUUAGAAAAUAAUUCAAACAGUUUUUCUUUGUUGGUUUAUUUCAGAAUGAUUUGAAAUCUGCUUUUGCUGCUAUUGAUGCAGAAGUUAACCAGAAGAAGAAGCUAGAAGCCACCAGGACUAAAAGUCCGGGGGAUAGACAGAAGAUUGUAUCCUUUUGAUCAAUCUGUUAUCUGAAACUUGUUUUGAAAGCUAGAUUUUCAUGCUCCUGCUGCUUAACAAAAUAGAAACAGGUUUUCAAUACACAAGCUUCUAUUAUUCACUUGACACUCACAAAUUUCUGAUAUUCACUUCACACUCCCACUUCUGGUAUUCACUUUGCACUUUCACUUCUGGUAUUCACUUCACACUCCCACUUCUGGUAUUCACUUAACACGUUCACUUCUGGUAUUCACUUCACACUCCCACUUCUGGUAUUAACUUUACACGUUCACUUCUGGUAUCCAUUUUACACGUUCACUUCUGGUACCUAUUCACUUUACACUUUCACUUCUGAUGCCGUAUCCACUUUUCACUUCUUGUACCAUAUUAAGUUUACACUUUCACUUCUUGUACCAUAUUCACUUUAUACGUUCACUUCUGGUAUUCACUUUACACUUUCACUUCUGGUAUUCAUUUUACACUUGCAAAUUUCUGGUAUUCACUUUACAGUCUCACUUCUGGUAUCUAAUGGGUAAUACAGUAAAAGAAAAUUUUUUUAUGAAGUAAAGUGUAAGAUCAAACCUUCAUCUCCAAACUAAAUUCUAAACAUUUUUUGUUGUUGCUUGUCUGCAUGUUUAAUGUCACAUUAUUAAAUCAGAGUAUCAGAAUAGUAAUUUAAUUCAAAGUAGUUUUUGUGUUGUUUUUUUUAAAAUCCUUAAUCUCAUGAAAACAUUUUCCUUGACUUGCUAACAGGCACAGGUAAACAAGUACACUGGAAACAUAUGCUUGGUGAUACAACAUGUGGACAAAAUUUACUCUGUGCAGAGAGACAGCAUGAGGGAUAUUUAAAACAAAUUUUAAUUUUUAUUGAUUCAUUUUUUAUUCAGACCAAUUUAACAAGAGCAAAUAAAAUUUGAAAAAAUGCCAUUUCCAUUAGCUUAGCCCAAGCUAAAUUGUUAUAAAGAUAUAUUAUGUUGUGAGACACAGUUGUAAUCCUUUGUUACGUAGGAGAUGUAAUCUCCCAUAGAGUGUUAGCCCAUUGUUUCUUAAACUAAGAGUUAUAAUUAGUUUUUAAUCCAUGUUUUUUCUCACUUAAAACUUAAAGCUGGAAAACACACUUCAGAGAGUCAGUUUGGAAGCUUCACGCAGCAGUAAGGGCCUGGAGCAACAAGUGGACAAGUUUGAGGAAAAAAAACUUAAAGACUUAAAGGUGCGUUCUUCAGGUUUAUCUGUUUCAGACAAUAUUAUAAUAUCCCAUCUUGGCUUAACUCUUUUCAUACCAUCGAAACCUAAAUGUAAAUUUGUAUUAAUCCAGUGAAUUAUUAUAGAUUGCCCUCUAAUAUGACUCCAUGACUAAAUUCGCCUUAUGACCAUGCCCAUUCCCGGCUGUCCUUGACAUUCUGACCAGCCCAAAUUUCCAGAUGUUCUGACUUCCUUUACUUCACAACUUCAUACACACAAAAUAUAUUAAAUGUUUUAGAUGUAAUAAAAUUGCCUGUUUAGCUAUGCCUGCUUUAAUAUUGUUCAAUGUAAUUAAAAAUUAAAAUGCAAUUAUAAAUAUGCAUUAAACUUAGUUUGUUCUUUUUUCCAGAAAAUAUUUCGAGAUUUCGUCACUAUUGAGAUGCAUUUUCAUGCCAAAGCCUUGGAACUUUAUACACAAUGUUUCCAGACAUUAGACAGUAUAGACCCAGAUGCCGAUUUAGAAGUGAGCAAUUAGAAAAUAACUUCCUUUUUUUUUUUAAAGUGAGAGACCUCUUGUCAUAAAUGAUAUUUGGAACAGGGAAAUGCUUUUUUCAAAUUCAAAGUUUCUUUUGUUGUUGUUGAGAUCAUGAAAAUCAGAUCAGCUUAAAUGUUUCUCCAAAAAGCAUAUGCUAAUUGUUUUGUCAAUAAUGCUUUUUGCGAUUUUUUUUUUUUGCCAUGUUCAGGAAUUCCGUCACCAGCUUAGACCCAAUGGAUCUAUCAGGACAGACAUUGCCCGGUCAGCAUCUCAGGCGUCACUGGAUUCAAGGAGAAGCUCAUCGGCAAGCACCACACCCCAGAAACCUCCUUCUAAAGACACAACUCCAACAGGCACUAGGAAAAAGAUACCUGUGCCGCAGCCUCAGGUUUGGGUAUUUUUCUUUAGCAGCAUCGUGUUGAACAGAUUUGUUGAAUGGAUCUAGGGGGAUACAUUUAGUAAAAUAUCCCCCACUUUGGGGCGAUAGUUAAAUUAAUGACAGCACACGAUACCAACAUCUGAUAUUGACAUCUAAGUUACUACAGUCGUAUAAUGAUAUUUUCCAAAUAAAUGAAGUCCUGGGAAGAUGGUAUUAUGUCAUCAGGUUGUUUCUCAAAGAACAUCCUCCUAUCAAAUUUUUAUCUUAUUUCAGGAAUUGGACGAUGACAGUGAUGAGGAUGACGACGACGAUGAUGAUGAUGAUGAGGAUGAUGAUGACUCGGGGGAAGAGGAGUCAGAAGAAGAGACAAUUAACAAUCCGCCCCCUAAGAAAAGAUAAUGACACUUGGUUCUCUCAUUUGAUUGUAAAUCAGUUUAUAAGAAGCUAAAUUUUUGUUUCUUCACUUUACAGCUUUAGAUCCCGAUUUCUCUUCUCAAACAUGCCAUUUCUUUAUUCCUUGUUAAGUUUUGUACACUAAUGUAUUGGAAUAAAGCAGGAAGCUUAGAGCUCAGAGCAUGGUCUGUUUUCAGUGGGAGGCGGGCAGAACAGAAGCAGUAUUUUUGGGAGGCUGCCCCCAAGAUCUAGCUUCUUUGUGUCAUUAAAUUUAGAAAGUAAAUUCUGUCAUUUUAACACUUAAAAGAAUGUUUAAGUUUAAUCUAAAAAAAAUAAAAAUAAAAAAAUGAUUUGCUCACUAAAAGAUUUUUUGGUAUGUGUUAAUAUUGAUCAGGAAGAACAUUAGAUAUUAGAGCCUUUGGUAAUAACCUCUAAUGCUCAAUUCAUACAAUCAAAUUUUCAUUAUAAUUGCGUCAAAUUUCUUUUUGAGCGCACUAUUUAGCAAACCAAAUUUGACAAGAAAGCGAUAGUGUAAAAUGAGCAUUAAUCUGUCAAUGAAACAUAUCACUUUCACUCAUGCAGGUUCGGAUUUUUUUUUUUUUUUUUGUAAUGCAAUAUCUCUUGUUUUAUUUGUAACCCCCAUUUUAUAAAAAAACAAAAACUCUGCCAUCUGUGAUAAUUAAAAUAUAGUCUGUCAACCUAGAUGGAGUUUAUGUCCAGUUGAUCAAGUCAAAUGCUGUUAACAGAUAGGAAAUAUUUUUAUAAUAACAUGUUCCAAGUUGAUAAUCCUUCAAGCAUUUUUUGUCUAACCUGUGAAGGAAAAUUUAUGUUAAUUAAAACACCAUAAUCUUUACAUCAAUAAUGUAAGCACCGUCCAAUUUAUGCCUUGAUAACUUUUGAAAUGUUUAUGUUUUUGUACUUGUGUAUUCAAAGCUAUUUAGUGUCACAAUGUUCUGAAAGGAAUCAUACAUCAACUGGGGAUGUUGAAAAAAAUUCAUUGCAUUUUAUACAUUUCUUCUUCAUAAAUACUUGUGUAUGUUUUGUCUUAUAAGUGUGUACUUUAUUAUGUUUAUAAUCACAUGCAUGUAAAUAAAGUAAAAAAUUCAUUUUAAACCCUUUCUAUUGAGGGAUAACAUUGUAUGAUAAGUAGUAUGAUAAGUAGUAUGUUAAGAAUUAUUUAACCACUUAGUUGAUCGGCUAAAGUACCUUGGGCAUUGGCUGUUUGGAAAAUGUCAGGGUGUAUUAAUAUCUCUUUUUGCUUGUCAAGUAAUUUGUUUCUCAAAUAAGAAUUUCUUUGUCAUGUGUAUUGUUAAUUUUCUAUGGAGCACUUUGGAUUUUUGAUAGAUCAAAGGGGCCAUCAUGAAAAAUUUUUGGAAAAUUAUCAGCAUGAGAUUUGUGGUACCAUUACGGUUUAGGUAUGAAAUAAACAUGAUCAUGUUGGAUAGAUUGUUAAGCACCAAUAACAAAAUUACUGGGGAUUUUAAGUUGCAAUUAAAACACCAAUAUGUUAACUCGUAAAAAUUGCAUUCACUCAGUCAAUACCCAUUCUUAAGCUAAAAUCUACAAGUGCUUUAUACCCACCCCCAAAUCUUGCACAGAAAUGAUAUAACAUGUUCAAUUACAUAUUCUGCAGACCUGGGGAAGGGUUGGGGAGGUUGCCUUUGUUUAUAAAACUGAAUCUCU